CGGGAGAGAUAAAGGCCUCUUCCUCUUCCACUAGGCUCCUCCAUUUGAUCGUAUUGUCUGAAACCUUAUUCCUGUGAGGAGUGAGGGAAGGAGAGAUGGCUGAGUCUCUGGUUUCCAAUGUUGUGUCUCAGCUUGCCAACCUUCUCAUCCAAGAAGCUGUUUCCUUGGGUGGUGUGCGUGAUCAGAUCGAAUGGGUGAAAACACAACUCGAGCUAUUGCAAGGUUUCCUCGAAGAUGCAGACUCCAGAAGGAAGCGAGGAGAUGCAAGAAUGGAGAUCUGGAUAAGGCAGAUGAGAGGUGUAGCAUAUGAAAUAGAAGACGUCAUAGGCACCAUCAAGUACAUGGGCGAGAGGCGACACCAAAGGAGAGGCUGCAUGGGCUCCAUUUCAAGGUACUCUCACAAACCUUGUGAAUUGAUUACCCUCCAUAAAAUUAGUUCCAGAAUCAAGCAGAUAAAGAUCAAGAUCCAGAGUAUUUCCCAGAGCACAGUAAGCUAUGCCCUUGCCAAUCCAGGUCAAAGUAGUGCAGUGUAUGAAAGUUCGCAAUCACUCAGACAAUCCUCUCCUCACUCUGAUGAUGAUGACAUUGAUGUUAUAGGCUUCGAGAAUGAUAAGAAAGAAUUAGUGAGCCAAUUGCUUGAUGGGAAUGAGAAAACACGUGGUCUAAUUUCUAUAGUGGGUAUGGGUGGGCUAGGCAAGACCACCCUGGCAAGAAAAGUGUAUAAUGACCCUGCAAUUAGAGAACAUUUCGAUACCUUUGCUUGGGUUUCAGUUUCUCAGAGCUACCGAGGUAUCGAGCUACUGAAGGACAUCAUGGAAAAAGUAAUGGAAAUCAAAAAGAAAGAAGACUUAGAGCAGAUGGGUGAAGAAGACGUGAGACAGACACUCCGUGAUUUCCUAAGAGACAAAAAGUAUUUGGUCGUGAUGGAUGAUGUAUGGAGAGUUGAUGUUUGGAGAGAAAUGCAGCGAGUCUUUCCUGAUGAGAACAAAGGCAGCAGAAUACUGCUUACUACCCGUGAGAUGGAAGUUGCAAACCGUGCCAGGUCACGCUUUCCUCCAUAUGAACUGCACACUUUGAACGACGCACAGAGUUUGGAACUCUUGUGUAGGAAGGCAUCUCCAUCAAAACAAGAAGUCCCCACUGAUUUGAAGGAAUUGGCCCAGACGCUUGCAAAGAGGUGUGGGGGACUUCCUCUUGCACUGGUGGCGUUAGGGGGCCUUCUGUCCGGGAAAGAUCCUAACUUUGAUGCGUGGUCGAGUGUAGCUCAGAGCAUGGAUUGGGAAGACAGUGGAGAUAGGCAGCAGUGCUUCAAUAUAGUGGGUUUAAGUUACAAUGAGUUGCCAUAUCCGUUAAAACCAUGUUUUCUAUACAUCGCUGCGUUUUCAGAGGACUCCAUUAUCUCUGCUUCCAAAUUAGUUAGGUUGUGGGUCGCCGAAGGGUUCAUAUCCCAAGAGCAGACAAGGACAAUGGAAGAAACUGCUAGGGACUGGUUGCAGAAGUUGGUCCAGAGGUGCAUGAUCCAGGUUGUCCAGAGAAGCAAGGCUCGUGGGCGGGUUAAGAGCAUACGCAUCCAUGAUAUGUUACGUGACUUUGGCCUAUCAGAAGCCAGAAAGGAUGAAUUUCUUCAUGUUUGCAGUAGUGGCGACAUGGCAGUAUCUAAUGGUAUAUCGAGUCAUCGUGCAGCUUUCUACAAUCGUAUAAAUGAUGAGGUUGCUGUUUCCUCACCACAUCUCCGCACGUUGCUUGGCUUCAAUUUAAUUUUGACUAGUGCGGAAAGAUUUUUGAAUGGGUUAAACUUAUUGAGGGUGCUGGAUCUGGAGGGCGCAAGAGAUUUGAAGGAAUUACCAGAACAGAUCGGCAGCAUGAUUCAUCUACGAUACCUGGGAUUGGGAAGGACUGGUUUGAAGAGACUGCCAUCCUCCAUCCGACAUCUUCUAAAUCUGCAGACUCUAGAUGUGAGAAGAACAGAUAUUUUGUGGCUUCCAAAAUCAUUUUGGAAAAUCCGGACACUGAGGCACGUAUAUAAUAAUAUACAUAUGUUUCUAAGCGCACCGAUAAGUGGUGAUCAGAAGAACUUGCAAACUCUGGAAAUCGAGGACUCUCGAUUUGGUAUGGAUGAUAUGUAUAUCGUUCGUCUACUAGGCGUAAAUUUCAUCAAAAAUUUGGUUACUACACCAGGCUUUACUAAGGAGGCGAUUGAGAAAGCAUGUCGGAGAAUGUUUGCUGAAUCACUCAGAAAAGCACUUGACAAAAUGGACAGCCUCGUCUCGUUGGCUCUGAUUUUCCCCGAACGUAUAAUCCCUGGGGGCGUCCUUUUCGCACGGGCACCAAACCUGCACCAGCUUCGUUCGUUGACACUGUAUGGACAGUUGUUACUCAAACAACAGCAGCAGCUCCCAGACAGCAGUCAAUUCCCGCCAAACCUCACCAAGCUCAAAUUAUCUUAUUCUCUUUUGGAGCAAGACCCAAUGCCGGUGCUGGAGAAGCUACCAAACCUCAGUUUUCUUGGACUGGUAGUAGAUGCAUACGUAGGGAAGAGCAUGUUGUGUUCUUCUGCUGGUGGCUUUCCUCGACUGCACCACUUGAUAUUAUACCAUCUCACUAAUUUAGAGGAAUGGAGAUUGGAGGCUGGGACAAUGCCCAGCCUCACCCACUUAACUAUCAUAGGAUGCAAAAAGUUGAAGAAGCUUCCUGACGGAUUGCAGCAUGUGACCACACUUCGAGAACUGAAGCUGAUUCGAAUGCCCCGUGAGUUCAAUGACAGGAUCAGACAUGAGGUCGGACACAUCCCCUCCAUUAUUUUUCAAGACGAGCUUGAUGAGACAUAAUAUCACCAGCAUCUGGUGAUUACUUUAAUUGGCGUUAGCUGAAGUGAUGAUCGAGUGAAUAAGGUUCUCUGGCUUUCUUUAAUAUGUACAAGGCAACACUUCUAGCUAUUUCUUAUGCAACCAUGGAACUCUUGAUUGUAUUAGUUCUUAUUUUUCAUUUCCACAUAAUAUGUUUCUUUAGAUUUGAUGGAAUUUUUAAUUUUCUGUAAUAUAUUUCAAAUGCUUUUUCCUAGCGUCGGCAAAAAAGAGUCGGCUUUUUCUAAUUUUACUGUAAUGAUCUUCAA